CUUGUCGAUGAACCACAACCCGUGCUCAUCGGAUCGCCACACUAAGCAGCUUCUUCUAUGUUUGGCCUGUUAACGCUUGGAUGCGGCACUAUGCUGAUCGGCAUACCCUCGCGUGGUGUUUCGGGCUAGAUAUCGAUAAAGCUUCGUAGGGCUGGUGUCACAAUGCGGGGCAACAAAGUCUCAAUUCGUAACAAACACAAUUUCUGGACAAUAACGUUACACCCUCACCAGGUUCCAAAUCGCAUCACCGCAGCACACGACAAGCUCCACCUCCUUCUCCGCUAGCUGGUCCCUCAAUUGCGAGACCAAUUCUCAAAUACCCGCGACAAUGGCCGAGCCAGACCCCGUCCCACCAAUCGAGCCUCCACCUGCACCAGCAACCUCGCGCCCGCUCCACACCCUCCCACCACCCUUCUCCCACAAGAACCUCGAACCCAUCACACAAGGGGCAGAAGCCCUCGUCUACAAGACCACCUUUCUCACACCGCACAUACCCGUCGUAGUAAAGUACCGACCACCAAAGCCCUACCGACACCCAACCCUCGAUAAGCGGUUGACCAAAACAAGACUACUAGCUGAAGCUAGGAGUUUAGUCAAAGUGAAGAGAGAGGGGAUUAAUGUUCCGGGCGUGCUUGGUGCGGAUUGGGAGGCUGGAUGGUUGGUUCUGGAGUAUGUCGAGGGGCGGACGGUGAGGAGGGUGUUGGAUGGGUGGGCGGAACGCAUACAUGAACGAGACGCAAGAAGGAAAGAGACAGAGGGGGAAGAAAUGGGGGAAGGGCAAGGGAACGAAGAGAUGCUCGAUCUUAUGCGCAGAGUAGGAAGAGAAGUGGGCAAACUGCACGAACUGGGUGUGUGUCAUGGGGACCUGACGACGAGUAAUCUCAUGUUACGCCAACCUCCACAGCACGUUACAGCAGCAGCAGCAUCUGAACAGCCUCGCCUACCCACGGGGAAACAGACGACGUCAGCAAUGCGCGAGGCAGCCAUGUCCGGCCAGGGCCCACCCGAGCCGCCUUCCCCUACUCCCCAACAAGCUCCACAAUCAUCCUCUUCUCCCUCUGAAUCCUUGCAAGGCGCCAUCUACCUAAUCGACUUUGGCCUGACAACGUCCAGCAUACAGGACGAAGACAAGGCAGUCGAUCUGUACGUUCUCGAACGAGCGUUUUCGGCUACGCAUCCCGCUGCCGAACCGCUGUUCCAGGAAGUGCUCAAGGCGUAUGGCGAGUCGUAUAAGGGGGGGAGGGGCGUGCUGAAGAGACUGGAGGGAGUCAGGUUGAGGGGGAGGAAGAGGAGUAUGCUUGGUUGAUUGGAAUGGAAAUGGAAGUGCUGAUUAUUGCAAGAGCCUUUAGCAUAUUCUCUACUACUAUUAUUACCACCCUUCACCUCCUCUCCGCCAUAGAAGCUGCUUCAGCUGAUAUGCGUGCAAAGCCUGGAGAAAGCAGCAUGAGUGAGCUGGUUAGACCUUCGCUCUCGAUUCACAAUAUCACCGGCCAUGAACACUUCACUCGGUGAAUGCUCGACGUCCAACACAUGAUUUCUUCUUCGUAUGGUCCAUGAAACCAGUCAAUCACAGCAUCUGUCUUGAAAGAGCAUCCAUGAUAAUUACAACAUGGUGGCAUUCGAGGGGAGUGGGAAGAUGACGAUUUUUGACCAAAUUUC